CGUCCAUCACAGAUGGCUCAGGACAACACACAUGCCCUCCCUCUAGUUGCCCAGCAGCGCUCUACCUUCAUCUAUGACCACUCGAGCGCCUGUGAGAUCGCCCAGAGACUCGUCACACACGACGGCAGCCAGCUGGAUGGCGCCCUGGCCCAGCGCGUGCAGUUCAUCGGCCACACGCUGUUCCGCGAGGCCAUCAGCAGGCAGUGGCAGGGGUGGACGCCGGAGCAGAGGGCAUCGGUCAAGGGAGUGCUGCUGUCCUACCCCACUCACCUGCCGGCGGACCGUCUUCGAUCGCCCGUCUUCAGCGGCAGGGCCGAGGGCACAACUUCCCGACUGGUUCCUCGCCGAAUAAUUCACCAGUAAGCCACAGGCCCACACCCACACCCACACAGACACACGCGCAUGCCGUUCUCCUUUUCUCAGGUCUGCUGCUGGUGCGGAUAUUCCGUCUGGGCGACCCCCCCUCCUCCCGCCGAUGAAGGAGCGAAGGCCCUAAGGGCCAUCGACGCCGUCGCCACCGACCUGACAUCGACGGCUACGGGUGCGGGCAGUGACGUGCCGCUCUGUGUAGAUGCGCACGGCAUCAGCUGGACCGAGAGGGUGGCGCAGCAGGUGGAGAGUGAGGAGAUGGACC